GAAAAAAAAUAGAAAAAAGGUUUGUUCCACUCGUAUUCGCUUGUCACGUUUCUUCAUCGAAACUUCAAUCAAAUUUCCUCUUCCUUCUUCUGCAAGAUCCAAUCCUCUCAAACCCCAUUUUCCUCACUUCACCAUCCCUGUUUCAUUAUCCAUUCAAUUCAAAUCCUUCUUCUAGUUUCAGUUUCUGCAGAGCAUGUUGCACAGAAGCUUCAAGCCCGCAAAGUGCAAAACGGCAUUGAAGCUCGCCGUUUCACGCAUAAAGCUUCUCAAGAACAAGAGAGAAGCUCAGGUCAGGCAACUCAAGAAGGAGUUAGCCAAAUUGCUCGAGUCUGGUCAGGAUCAAACUGCUAGAAUCAGGGUGGAACAUGUUGUCAGGGAAGAGAAGACAAUGGCAGCUUAUGAUCUUAUUGAGAUUUACUGUGAAUUGAUGGCGGCGCGCUUGCCCAUGAUUGAAUCACAGAAAAACUGCCCCAUCGAUUUGAAGGAAGCAGUUUCGAGUUUAAUAUUUGCAAUUCCAAGAUGUUCAGACUUACCUGAGCUCAUGGAUGUGAAGAAGCAAAUUACAUCCAAGUAUGGAAAAGAAUUUGUCUCAGCUGCUGUUGAAUUACGUCCUGACUGUGGUGUAAAUCGCUUGUUGGUUGAGAAAUUGUCUGCCAAAGCACCCGAUGGUCCAGCCAAGAUAAAAAUAUUAGCUGCUAUAGCCGAGGAGCAUAAUAUCAAAUGGGAACCCAAGUCAUUUGGAGAAACUGAUGUGAAGUCUUCUCAAGACUUGUUGGUUGGACCAAAUACUUUUGAGAAGGCUUCUUUUGUAGAACCUUCUCAAGUCCAUGUUCCACCUGUCCAUGAUGAAAAGGGUCCUCCAAGUGUACAUACUUCCUCGGAACUUAAACCAAUGCAUGAUGCAUCUACAAAUUCAUAUGAGCAGAACACAAGUAGUGCUUCUAGAAAAGCUAGUGGCAAUCAGUCAACCACAUCAGGCAUGUCUGAUCCAGAAAUCAGAUCUUCAGGACCUGGAAAUCAAGAAAUGGAUUUUAGAGAUUCGCAUUCUGGAAACAGGAGUUCUUUUCCUGUGGGGAGGCAGAACUGGAACAUGGAAUUCAAGGAUGCUGCCUCUGCUGCUCAGGCGGCUGCAGAAUCUGCGGAACGUGCAAACAUGGCUGCAAGAGCAGCUGCAGAAUUUUCAAACCGUGAAAACAUGACAAGGCAGUAUUCAAGUGGAUCACAUAGGUCUUCUCGCAAUGAGUCAAGAGAUGAAGUACCUCAAAAAUAUGCUUUUCAUGAUGACAAACAUCUUUCUACAGGCUCUGUUAAUAGCACCUUCCAUAGAGGCAGUUCUGGAAUGCACAAUGAACAGGGUACUGCUAGAGAACAAGAUAACCUGGUAGGAUCCCCCAAUGAACAUUACAGGAACAGUCAUCAGAAUGUGGUGAAACAUGACCGGUCACCUUCGGUGAAGUUUGGUAGUUCUUUUGUUGAUGAUACAUAUCAGCACAAUAACUCCUUUAAGCAAGAGAAUAAUGACUUACAUGAACUGAGCACAAAAAGGCAAGCAAGCCGAACUGAAGAAGAUUUUGUUACUGAAUUUCAUGGUGAUGAUUAUUUGAAUCCUGAAGACAAUGAUCACUUUGGAUAUGCAAGGACAAACAGACAAUAUAGAAAAGCUUCCUCUUCUAAUCUCAGUAUUCAAAGUGAUGAUCACAAUGACAAUUUGAACUUGAAUGAUUGGACGACAGGGAAAAGCGCUGGGGAAGACAUUUUUUUUACUGAAGGAAACACUGUGGAAACAAGUUCUUACAAUGAUACUUCUGUUGCAUUUGAUGAUUCGGGUUCAGAGGAUGAUGGUUACAAAUUUGAUGUUGAUCAAAAUUACAAGGGUGAGCAAUCUAGCUUGUUCUCCUCAUCUCCUGAUUACAAAUCUCAAAUUGAUAAAUUGGAAAAUACAAGUUCUUGGAGGCAUGGACAGAACAUUGAUGAGAAAGAAACAAGUUCCGAUACACAGUCACAUUUUUCUGUGGUUUCUGAAAGAUUGACAAAGUCUGAAGUUUCUUAUGAAAAAGAAAACCAGCUACCUGUCACUUUUGAUGAUUCAGAUGAUGCAGGCUCCGAUAGCGAGGUGGAUUUGGUUAAGUCUAAGGUUUCUGGGACCUCUAACUAUGGAAGUUAUGUCCUUGAUCAGAAUGCAAGCCAUGGGGCUUUAGGUUCCUCAUCAAGAAGUGAUAAAAAUUUGGGUACAGACAGAAAGUCUUGGUUGUCACCGUCUUCAGUUGGUUCAGAUGCUGUGCAAGAGCAUUUUGAGAGGGAGGUAGACACCACUACUAUGACAGAAAAUCACGGUCGUGAUGACUUGCCCACCAAUGAGCCAUCUUCAAAAGGAAGAAGAAGCUCUAUAUUGGAUUUUGAUUCUAAGCGAAAUAUCCAUGCAUUGCAGUCACCUAAUAAUGUUGAUGAGGCUGAAAUUUCGGAGAAAUCUUUUAUGGAAGAUGGUAUUGAAUUAAACUAUGGAACAUUGAAAGGUGGUCGUCGCAACAAAAGCUAUUGGCAACCACCUUAUAUUAAGAACACCUCGGAUGAUGUUUCAUCUUCAUUGGGGGACACUGCAGUACAGAAUGAAAGAUCUUUGCCGACAGUGAGGACUUCAGUCAGCUCUGAUGCUCCUGUUCAGGAUAAAUACAAGAGGGAAGUCAGCAGAGGAAAUAAAAAUGUGGGCUUGAAAACACAUAACACAUCUUCUGAUUCUGAUCGUUAUAAUCUGGUUGCAAAUACACAAGAGACAAGUAGAACUACUAAACCUAGCAUUCAGAAAGAACAAGUGGAAGCAAAAAAGAAGUCUAGCUCUCGAGCCCCCGUUCCUUACUUUGAUUCUGAUGAUGGUGAUUCUGAGGAUGAACUUCCUAGACAAAAUUCAGCCACAGCCCGUCCUGUCAGUCGAAUCUCUCGAAGGACAGCUUCACCAAAAACGGGUUCAGGUUUAAGUUCGAAGAAUGCUCCUUCAUCUGAGGCUCCUGCGACUUCUGGUACAGGACUUGGAUGGAAAUCUUCAAGGGUUUCUAAUGAGAGCAGAAACCAAAAUGCCUCAUCCACAAUGAGGAGCUCUGAAUCUGCAAGGCUGCAACCUUCCAGUUCUGUUCCUAAAACAGUGAGAAAAGAUAGUGAAGAAGGUGAAGCGGCUUCCAAAUCUCAAAAUUCUGAUGGAGACACUCCCUCUAAGCAGAAGGCAACUGUUCACGUUCAUCCAAAGUUACCUGACUAUGAUUCCUUUGCUGCUCAUUUCCUGUCUCUUAAGAAGGAUCGUCAGUGAAUUUAACGUGCUUGGGCAUAGCAAUUAGCAACAUAGCUUGUGUUACAUAGUCUAAAAGCUUUACUUUUCUACAGUCUAUUUUGUCACAUAUAGAUGCGUGAUUUGAGAUUCAAAUUACAUGAAGAAUAAAGAUACUGCAUUCUUUUUUUGUGUAAAUUGAGUGAGAAUUUGGUUUACCCAUUUCUUUUUUUGUACAUCUCUAUUUCAGGACUACUAAAAAAGUUUUGAAUACGUAAUUGCCUUGUUUUGUUCAUUUA